CCUACUUAUCAGGUACUAUCACGAGAAGGUAGCGCAUCAAGGGCGCCACAUAACAGAAGGAGCGCUCAGAGCAGCCGGAUUUUGGAUUAUUGGCAGUAAACGGCUUGUCUCUUCUGUCAUUCACAAAUGUGUUCUCUGUCGUAAGCUCAGAGGGCGAUUUCAAACUCAAAAGAUGGCAGAUUUACCUGUUGAUAGACUGUUGCCUAUGCCACCAUUCACCAGUGUUGGAAUGGACAUCUUUGGCCCCUGGACGGUUACCACACGUCGCACCAGAGGAGGAAGUGCAGACAGUAAACGCUGGGCUGUACUUUUCACCUGUAUGUCCAUGAGAGCUGUGCACAUUGAGCUCAUCGAAUCAAUGUCGACAUCCAGCUUUAUCAAUGCGCUGAGAAGGUUUUUCAGCAUUCGUGGACCCGCACAGAUACUCCGCUCGGAUAGAGGUACCAAUUUUAUCGGAGCAUGCAACGAACUGAAAAUUGAUCACAAGGACACAGAAUUGAACUCUUACCUGCAGGAAAAAGGAUGUACGUGGCUGUUCAACUCCCCACACUCCUCACACAUGGGUGGGUCGUGGGAGAGACUCAUUGGAAUUGCAAGACGCAUUUUGGAUGGUAUUCUUUUGAAAGUCAUCCAUAUCCAACUCACACAUGAGAUGUUAAGUACUUUCAUGGCGGAAGUGAUGGCAAUAAUGAAUGCAAGACCACUCGUAGCGGUGUCAACAGAUCCUGACAAACCAAAUCUUCUCACCCCAGCAAUGCUUCUUGCCCAAAAGACCAAUGCCUUAUCUGCACCAACAGGAACCUUUGCACCUUCAGACCUCUAUUCAAAGCAAUGGAAGCAAGUACAGAGUCUGGCGGACACCUUUUGGAAACAGUGGAGGAGUGAAUAUCUUUCAACUCUACAGCAAAGGAGAAAAUGGACUGAUGAAAAAGUGAAUGUAAAGGUCGGUGACAUUGUAUUACUGAAAGACGUGCUUGCACACAGAAAUGACUGGUCCAUGGGAAGAGUUGUAAAAACAUUUGAGAGUAAGGACAAAAAGGUUCGAAAAGCAGAAGUAAAGACUGUAAAAGAUGGAAAUGUGAAAGUGUUUUUGAGACCUGUUACAGACAUGGUUUUACUGUUAUCAGAAAAGUAAAUGUUGCAUUUUUUUGUUAUUUACAUGUUGUUCUAAAGUUUGAUUUGUAGUGGCACAAUUGUAUUGUACCAGGCGGGGAGUGUUCUGCCCUUUGUAAUAAGUUUAAGUAGAAACACAUGUACAUGUAGUGCUUUACCUCCCUCUACUGGUUGCAGUGGGAAGUUGUUUUUGAGAGCA